AUGCAUUUAAUAGCAUGCAAUUCAUUGACACCCCGAAUUUCGCGUCUAUUUCAGGGCAAAGCAAGCGGAAACCAAUGGGCGUUGUAUAUGAGAAGUUUCAUCCAGAAGACGUUGUUUUCACUGGGUAACUUCGUGCACGCAAAUUCGGCUACAGUGAUUUUUACGGUGCUGAUGUUGUUCUCCAUUUGCUGCUAUGGCCUUCAAUUUGUGCACAUUGAAACAGACAUUGUGAAGUUGUGGGUGGCCAAAGGAGGCCGAUUGGAUGAAGAGUUGAACUUUUUAUCAAGAAUGAAGUCAACAAUGAAUUCCAAUGACUCUAAUGGUGGCUCGGAAAUCGCUCGGGAGAACGGACUCGGUGGCGGUUACCAAGUGAUCAUACAAACGCCGGAAUACGCGGGACAGAACAUCCUUGAUCGAGAUCCCUUGCUGAAGCAUGUGGACACAAUGCGAGAAAUUGCCAACUUCAGCAUUGAAUUGCAUAAUGUGUCAUGGUCAUUGUCUGACAUCUGCUUCAAGCCAUCUCCGCCAGAAUUGGACGGUCUUGCAGCUGAGAUGUCCGAUGUCAUCGAGCGAAUCGUUCCAUGCAUUUGGAUCACACCAAUUGACUGCUUUUGGGAAGGAGCGAAAGCACUAGGACCUCAUCCACCAAUUGAAACUAAAGAUCUCGCACUUUUGGCAUGGUUGAAAUCUAUUCCGAAUCGGAAGUAUAUUCAAUGGACCGAUUUUGACCCUAUGGCCGUCAUCGAUGAGAUCCACGAAAUGUUGAAUCUGGGCUCACAUCAUACAUUCUUUGAGCGCGCUGGCGUAGGACAUGGUUACCUUGAUAGACCAUGCAUGAAUCCACUGGAUCCAGAAUGCCCAAAGAUGUCACCAAAUUAUUAUGACGUCUGUCCCAUGCUUGACCGCUUCCGCAGUUAUGCGGAGAAGAACAACAUUACGUUGGAGGCAGAUGACUUCUCCCAUGACGUUUACGAAUUCGAUUUUCUUUCUCUGUUCAAUAUGGGAAGUAGACGUCGAAGAAAGAGAGACAUCGACACAUUAGAUGCUCUACGAUCGAAUGAUACUGAGGUCACGGAAAGUCCUACAACAACGACCAAGCCUGAAUUGAACCCUGCUGAUGCAGUCGCAGAAUCCACUGCAAAUGAGGAAGCUCAGCGUAAGGAGAAAGCUAAGAAAGCAGCCGCGGAAGAAUGUAAGGCUUAUCGUGGUCCAAUGAUGCGAUGGAUGUUUGACAAUCCUGAUAAGUGGUCUGAAUUUCUUGUCAUGUCCGAAUAUCCUCGAUUCCCUGACUACGCACAAGUGAUGUCAGGCGGUUGCCCUGGUUUCGCAGCGGGUGUUCUGCACUGGCCCGAAGACAUGAUCCUCGGUGGAGUAAAAAGAUCAGCAAAGGGAGCGGCCAUGGAGUCGGCUGACGCUUUGCAAAGUGUUUUCUUGGUGGCCAGCCCGAAUGAUGUGUAUCUCAGAUAUAAGCAGAAAGGAAAUCGUCCAUCAGCGAAACCUGAGUUGGAUCAGCUCAUUUGGAGUGAAAAAUUUGCCGAGGAAGUCAUUCAACAAUGGCAGCGCAACUUCACACAAAUGCUCUACAAACAUCGCGCCAACUUCGAUGAAGAGGGAUUCGAGCGUCGUACUAUACACCCACUGGCAUCCACGUCGAUUGCUGAUAUGUUGGAAGAGUUCUGCCAGUUCAACUAUAAGAUCAUCCUCGUUGGAUAUGGUCUGAUGUUGGUGUACGCCGUUUUCACGCAAAUGAAACGUGAUGGAUGUCUUCCAUCGUCUCAGUCUUGCAUGGGACUUGCAUUAGCCGGUGUACUGACAGUCACAUACGCCUCGAUUUCGGGACUUGGACUGGCCACCUGGUUUGGAAUUGAGUUCAAUGCUGCCACCACUCAGAUUGUGCCAUUUCUUACACUCGGUAUUGGUGUUGACAACAUGUUUAUGUUGUUGCACAAUUACCAUGAUGUGAUGUCACUGACAAAUCAGCAUGAAAUUGGUAUUCUCAUGCGUGAAACUGGAAUGUCGAUAUUGUGCACAUCGAUUAACAACAUUCUAUCAUUCCUCGCAGGAACUAUGUUGCCCAUUCCUGCGCUGCGAUCGUUCUGUGCUCAGAGCUCUAUACUGCUCACAUUCAACUUUAUCGCAAUCCUUACACUGUAUCCCGCAAUAAUUUCGAUCGACUUGCGACGGCGAAAAGCCGGCAUGCGUGAUGUGUUCUGCUGCCUUGUGGGUGAGACUCGGCAAGAGGCAUAUUCAAUGAUAACUAAGCCGCACUUCCAGGAGAAGCGCACAAUUGGUGAGCCCAUUCCGCGGAUCAUCUCAUACAAAGACGUAGAAGAAGAGCCUGAACCAGAAUCUCUUUCUCUUCACUCACUUAUUCGGAACUAUUACAUUCCAUUCAUAAAUAGGAAAUGUGUGAAGAUAGGUGUUCUGAGCGGCUCUUUCGCACUACUAGUCCUAGCUGUAAGUGGAAUGCAAAGAGCAGCUAUUGGACUCGAACUCAGCGAUGUUCUGCCGGAACACACUGCACCAGCCAAAUUUCUCCAAGCAAGGGAUAAGUACUUUAGUUUUUAUCCAAUGUUCGCUGUGAUCAAAGGACCGAAUAUUGAUUAUGCCGUGCAACAGCAACGAAUUGACAAGUAUCGGAGAGCUAUAGCGUCAUCCAAGUUCGUGAUAAAAACGAAAUCGGGCGAGCCUUCGGAGAAGUACUGGCUUGGAAUGAUGCGGGACUGGCUCGCUAGCAUUCAGAAGGCCUAUGACGAUGAACUCGCACUGGGAAAGUUCAAUCUGACGGACGGUGAACUGAAAGGUAACGUCAGUGAAGAUGCUGAGAUUGCCCACCGCCUCAUCUGUAGUGUCGGUCAGAAGUAUCAGUGCGAAGGAAGGGUUGGUAAGGUACGAUUGGUUGACGGCACGCAAACUAUAAACAAUGACGGUUUCUACAAUUAUUUAACAGCAUGGUACAAUCAGGAUAACAUGAUGUAUUACGUGUCCCAAGCGUCUUUCUAUCCGACUCCUCCGAAAUGGUCCAUCACCGACAAGAAAGCACCACUGCUGGUCCCACCAGCUGAACCACUGGCGUACUCGCAAAUACCUUUCUAUUUGACUGGGCUCACUGAUACACCAGUCAUCAUUGAAAUGAUCAAGGAGAUCAGAUCCACUUGCGAUCGUUUCGUUGAGGAAGGUCUUCCUAACUUCCCCCAAGGAAUCGCGUUCACGUUUUGGGAGCAGUACCUUCAUCUGAACGGCAAUCUUUUGACGGCGAUCGGUGUCAUUGCCAUUUCGAUUCUUUUGUUUAAUCCAUGGGCGGCGCUCAAUAUUUUGAUUAUUCUUGUCGUGAUGACAGUCGAGCUGGCUGGUUUCAUGGGUUGGGCUGGAGUGAAGAUGAACCCCGUAUCUGCGGUGACGUUAAUCACGGCUGUUGGAAUUGGUGUGGAGUUCACUGCACAUGUUGUCUUAGCCUACUUGACAUCUCUUGGAACGAGAUCUGAACGUACAUCGAGUGCUAUCGAUCGUGUUUUCGUGCCUGUUAUCCAUGGAGCCUUGUCGACGUUACUGGGAAUCCUCAUGCUUGGAUUCUCCGAGUUUGAAUUUGUCGUCAAAUAUUUCUUUGUCGUUAUGUCAGCCUUGAUAGUGAUAGGAGUGAUUAAUGGCCUGAUACUGCUGCCGGUAUUGCUGUCAUUGAUGGGAGCGCCUCAGGAGGUAGUUUCAAAUGGCUUUUUUAUUAUUCACUUCUUUUGA